AUGCGCAUCUGGAGCUUUGAAGCUCUGGUUGUAGGGUGUAUCGCCGCACAGGGUGUAACUGCUCAGCUCUUGGAUCCUACCAAGAACUACUGCUGCCGGUUUGAUCACCAGUCGGUCAUAAAGAAUGGCAUCCUGUACAUUUACAUGGGGAGCGAGACAUUUGUCGACUCUCAGACCUAUGGACUUGCUAAUGGCACCAUCACCGUCGGUUAUAAUGAAUACGUGAUCAGCGUGAACCUCAGUAACUCAUGGGACUGGAAAACCAAUAUAUCCGAGACUGCUUCAAACAUCACUGCGGACCCUAGCACUGGCUCCCUGCCUCCGCAAGUCGUUCGUGGAACGCUGUACCAAGGCACCCAGAACGACGACAGCAUUUACCUCUAUGGAGGGACAACCUCCUAUGCAAACACUAGUUUCCCAGGAUGGCAGCCUCCUUACCCUUCCACCUACUCACUAUGGUCAUAUGAUCCUGAAUCCACGCAAUGGUCACAAAUUGACGUCGGACAAUCUGCGCCCUACAGACCCAGCAAUGGAGCCGCUGCAGAGGCGGUAGACCAAGGCUUUGCAUUCUAUUUCAACGGCGAGCUCGAUAGCGGUAGUUCGCAAGGUAACGGUAUCAUUACUGGCACCAACGUUUUCGUCAGCGGGAUGGUGGUCAUCAAUACCACCGAUCAAACUGUGAGAAACCUUUCCACAAUCCAAGUCAGCGCCGAUCUAGCCCGGGCGCGUGGACGGAUGCAAUACGUUCCUGGGGUGGGCCAAAAAGGAAUCCUGGUCUUGAUCGGCGGGAGUAGCUUCGAAGCUAAUCUGCUUGACAGUACGGACAUUAUCAACCUUUUACCAAUGACCGAGAUUGAUGUGUUCGACGUCGCCUCCAUCUACAACACCUCAACACCAGAUGGGGUCUGGUAUAAACAGAAUGCCACGAAUCAAAAUGCGACUAAUGUACCAAGUCCGCGCGUAGACUUCUGUUUAGUCGUUGCGUCUGCUCAGGACUCAUCCAGCCACAACAUCUACAUGUAUGGAGGUCGAGACGGAGCCAAUCCCCCAAAUUACUUCGACGAGAUCUGGGUCCUGUCAUUGCCAUCCUUUACAUGGACCAGUAUAUACUCCGGCAUCAGUCCUCGGUUCGCACAUACAUGCCAUCUGGUGGGCAACCGCACCAUGUUGACCGUAGGUGGCGUCGCCGCUGCGAGCCAAAUGCAGGGGUUGUAUUCUGCAGAUCCACCAACUUGCGAUUGGGAGGUGAAGGGCGUUGGGGUUUAUGAUAUGUCUGAUCUGGUUUGGGGCAGCGUCUACAACGCUACCGCUCCUGCAUAUGAAGUCCCGGACCUGAUCAUCUCCACUAUUGGUGGAAGUCGUAUCGGUGGCGCUACAAUGAAGAUGCCUCCGUCCAAUUUCUCCCAAAACGGCCUUGCUCUUAUUUUUGGCCUCAAUUUAGAUGACAAUACAGAAGCCCCUUCAAACACAGCGCACAAAAAGACCGCGAUCAUAGCCGGUACUGUCUGCGGUGUUGUGGGCUUGGCUAGUCUGGUUGCAUUGGCAGGGUACGCGGCUUGGCGGUGGCGCAAGGCGCAUAAACAUCCUGAGGAGCAGGUGUACGAGAAAGACGUUUGCUCAGAUGUGCAUGGGGGAGUCGUUGAACAGGUUCAACUGCAACCUCACUCGACAAGUGAACAGCCACGAUAG